AUGGCAAGUGUGCGUUGUGGGGAGAGGAGUGAGUUGUCGCCACCGCGCAGUGAGCAGAAGUUGAGCAGCGGGGUGCUUGAGAGGGACGCAGACGCAGACUCCUCCGUCGCCACGGAUGCGGGCACAAAUGACUGCGCUGACGCGCUGCGGCUACUGUUGACCCAGGCAAAUCCACGCUGCCCUGACUACAUUGGCUCGCGGCGAAUGGAUGACAGCGGCGUGGAGCACGUCGCUCCCGCACUGGAUGUCGCAUUUCCCGUCAUGCACGCGUACAAUCUGCAGCUGACGGACACGAUUGCAGUGCAGCUUGGCGAGGUGGAUGGUGCAAAGCAGGAGAGCCGCGACCUCUUGCGACCCUCCGUUCGACUGCUCUGCAGCAUCGGACGGAGCCUGGUGGCGGAGCAGUAUCGCAGACAGAUGCCUGAGAGAAUACGGUUGCGUGGCGUGAAGGCGCCGAAGAUGAGUGAGGAGGCGCGCAGGGAGGAGCGCGAGUACUUGCACCAGACUCUGCCACCCACCGGCGUUGCUGUAGCUAAUCUGCGUUGGCGCGCGAAGGACUUGGGUGGAGUCACACCUGAAGCUGGUGCUUGCACCACUGCACCUGAUGGGUUGAAGUCAGUAUCCGAGGUUGAGGAGAAGGUGGUGGCCCGGAGUGUUGCAUCAACUGUUCCACAGUUAUCGACAGCAUUGACGAACGCUGGAUGGUUGGGUGCACGCAAGUCACCUCAGCCUGUUUCCAUCAUGUCAGCGGCUAAAUUAUCAGGACGUGUGACUUCUUGUGCAGCGCACUCAACAAAGUCACUCACGAAUGGUGUUGCCAGCUACUUGAAAUGCCACGAAACGCCUUGCAGUAAAGGAGAGUCGUCAAGCACAGUUGUGGGUGCUGCACCCUCAGACUCCUUGAAAUCACUUGGCACUGCGAAAAGCGCUGCGCGGUUGAAAGGCACGAGGAUUAGGCCAUGCAAUAAGAAAUCAUGUGCAUCACUGGGGAGUGGUAAUGCCAGGUCGUGGAGAAGACAGAGUCCUCCUGUCAGUGCUUUGUUGCCGAGUGUGUUGAGGAUGGCUGCUAGCAGUGUGAAGUGGACGGGGGAAGGGCAGACUGUCGCGGGUCUUUCAAUGGCGCAAGGAAAUCCACGUGCAGCAUGUGUCAGUCGGGAGACGGAGGCGUGUAAGCCAGCCGUCUUCGCCUCCUCUUCCUGCUCCUUCUCCUCCGCCUGCAAGGUCAAAGGCGUGCAUUUGGAGGGAGGGAGUGGUGAUGUGGUGGCGAGCGACGCGAUGAUGUGUCCCAUGUGCUCCUUCUCGAGCUGUGACAAGCAGCCCAUUUUCACCAAGCAGGCUAUCGGCUCCUGCGACGGAAAUGAACACCGACCCCCCUUAAACCUUGCUAAUCUGUCUUGUCACAAUAUUGAUACAGCACAGGUUAAACGAGUACUUUUGCGAAAAAAGAAGGACAUUAUUCUUCACUUGUAUUCGGUUAUUCAAUUAACAACCAAGAGUGUUGAUAGAAGAAAGGUUCUCAAGGCAUCUGCCCUACAGAAAAUUUUUAAAAAAUCGUCGAUGGAAGUGGACAUUGAGCAUAUUAUUAAUUCUGAAGCUUAUGUCUUGGGGUCUUUGCAGGAUGGCCUGCAUUGUUUCGAUUUGCUUACGUCCGUGGAAUUCUUCACUUGUUUGAAUGAUCGCUUUGCGACUAAAGUUAAUCUAGAAAAUGUCGUGGAUGUUCUUUAUGUUAUAUCUGCCAAUUUGUCGAAACUUCGAAGUGAAAUCCACUUGGUCUUCCGAAAAAACAUUCAACCACACAUUUGUCUUCGAAUACUCACCGCAUCAGCCAUUGUAUGUGCGGCUUUGAAGUCCUCACAGUUGGCUCUUGCCUACUCCCGAACGUAUUCGGAUGUUGGGAUCAUUAUAGGCUGGAUGUCCGAAAGAGAAGCGAGGAAGUACUCGUAG